ACAUUCUUCUCGUGCAUAUAGAAGCUACUAGAAAUCUCACUUGUAUAUAAAAUUUCCUCCAUUCUUAUCUCACCUUUUCUGCUCAAACAUUUUCACGAACACCUAAUACUCACACAAUCUAGCUACAUACAUGGCUGUGGAGAUCUGCGUCAAGGCUGCCGCCGGCGCUCCCGACAUUCUCGGCGACUGCCCCUUUAGCCAGAGGGUUCAAUUGACUUUGGAAGAGAAGAAAGUCCAUUACAAGCUGCAUUUGAUCAACACCGACGACAAGCCCCAAUGGUUUUUGGAAGUGAACCCAGAAGGGAAGGUGCCGGUGAUAAAAUUCGAUGACAAAUGGAUCGCCGACUCCGAUGUGAUUGUCGGUAUCAUCGAGGAGAAAUACCCGAACCCUUCUCUCUCUCCUCCUACUGAAGUCUCGUCUGUAGGCUCCAAAGUAUUUCCUUCUUUUGUCAAGUUCUUGAAGAGCAAGGACUCUACCGAUGGAUCGGAGCAAGCUUUGAUUGACGAACUGAAGGCAUUGGACGAGCACCUGAGUACUAAGGGACCAUAUGUCAAUGGAGAAAACAUCUGUGCAGUUGAUUUGAGUUUGGCGCCGAAGCUUUACCAUCUUGAUGUGGCUCUUGGCCAUUUCAAGAAAUGGUCUGUACCUGAAAGUUUGACUCACGUGCACAACUACAUGAAGCUGCUCUUCUCUCGGGAGUCUUUCCAGAAAACUAAGGCUGCAAAGGAAUUUGUUAUCGCAGGAUGGGCACCCAAGGUUAAUGCAUGAAUUUGCCCUAGUACGACGUAGUAUUACAUAUUAUAUAUAAUAGAAUGUUCUAUUGCUUUUAUUCCAAUGGCUACUGUAUGUAUAUGUUCUGCAAGAAUCUUUCUCGGUGAUGCUCUUUCGAGAAACAAUGCUUGUUCGAUGUAGUAGUUAAUGCGUAUGUAUUUUGUGCUAAGGGCUGAUGGAGUAUUUAGAAAUACAUGCUCUAUUAUGUUGAAAAUCGAAAUAAGAAUUUGAGACAUUAAUUUUUCAAUUUCAUCACCUUUUAU